AUGCCCCAUUCCUCCUCCAUCCAGCACGUUGACAUCAGUGGGUGCUUUUUGCAAGUCGCCGACGCCGAAAUCCGACAGUUUUGCGAAUCGGGGCAGUGGGCGUCGCUGGUGACGCUCCGCCUACCCAAGUCUCUCCCGUGCAAGGCGCCAACGUUGAAGAGCUUAGAGGUGCUCGCGACGCACUGCCCGUUUCUGAUUAUGUUGGUGCUAAACCUCGAGCUGACCGCGGACAACAUCCGGGCGGCGCGCAAGGUGAUAGAGCAGACCCCGCCCCUGCAGCAUAAGCUCCGCAAGCAAGUGCUUCAGCGGCUCGAGGAGGACGAUCUCCACGAUGUGUUCAGGCUUGGAGUGAUGGUCGCGGAAUACCUUGACCAUUUUUUCCCGUUCUUGAAGGGGCUGAAGCCGUUGGAUUAUGGGGCGGAGUGGUGGAAUGGAAUAGGGGAUAUCCUCAAGACGUAUAGGCAAAGAAGGUCCCAACAGCAGUGA